UUCAAUUCUCCAUCCCCUGGCCCAAGCGAUAGACCAUAGCAGAGUGUGGGAGAGAUCAGAGAAGAGACUCCGCAGAAACUUAAAGCUUUUUUUUUUCUUCUUCAUCUUUCUCUUUCUCGGUGCCUCCCAUUCUUUCGUGUCUUAGAUCCUACAAAAUUUCUUCUGGCACUUUUUUCCUAUCAAAAUAAUUUUGGGGUUGAGUGUGGUGUUUCUCGAGUAUGAGUGAUUUACAUCCAUGGCGUCGCUUUUGAUUCCCUCUUUUUUGGGUGGGUUUUGAUGAUUUCGCACUUUUUGUGGAGCUUGAAGAGGAAGUGAGCUUCAUUCGACGCUACUGAUGACGAUGGAGGCGAUGGCGAAGAAGAAGAAGAAGACCACCGCUCUUUUGACCAGCGAAAGGGUUCAGAUAAAAGAUAGAAAAGAAAAGCAUCAAUGUGGGAAAGGAAUCAAAGAUGUCCCCAUUCGGUAUUUUUGCUGAUUUUGAUUGUCAAUGGGAAGGAUACCAAAAGAUAGUCGAAGAAAGUGAAAGGUUUCGGGGGUAUUUUUUUUCCUUCUGUCGAGAUUUGGUUUUAAGGGUUUGCGAAAAUGCCGAUGUACCAGCCGUCCGGUCGGCGAAGGGAAGCCGAUUCGGAGCUGGGUGUGGGUGGUGGUGGGCAAGUUCUCGAUGUGGAGACCGCCGUGAAGGACGGUAUUCUGGGCGGCGGGGGUGGGUUAAUCUGCGACGGCGGAGGGGCUGAGAAAUUGGAUCUGAAGGAGAUGGUGGAGGAGCUGGAGAAUUUGGAGGUUCCAUCCGUGUUUAUUUGCCCAAUUUCAUUGGAGCCAAUGAGAGAUCCUGUUACCCUUUGUACUGGCCAGACCUACGAACGAGCCAACAUCCUCAAAUGGUUCUCUCUCGGCCAUUUUACUUGCCCCACCACAAUGCAGGAGCUUUGGGAUGAUUCAAUCACCCCCAAUAACACCCUUCACCAACUGAUUUACAGUUGGUUUUCGCAGAAGUAUUUGGCAAUGAAGAAGCGGUCGGAGGAUGUUCAGGGCAGGGCUCUUGAGCUCUUGGACACAUUGAAAAAAGUCAAGGGUCAGGCACGUAUCCGAGCUUUGAAGGAGCUCCGGCAAGUCGUGGCCUCGAAUUCUUCAGCAAAGAAGACAGUGGAAGACAAUGGUGGUCUCGCUUCAAUUUCAUCCUUGUUGGGUCCUUUCACGUCCCAUGCAGUUGGGUCGGAAGCCAUUGGGAUUUUGGUUAACUUGGUUCUCGAUUCUGAGUCGAGGAGAAACCUUGUUCAACCUGCAAAGGUUUCGUUAAUGGUGGACAUGUUGAAUGAAGGAUCCACAGAGACCAAAAUCAACUGCACCAGAUUGAUUGAGACUUUGCUGGAAGGGGACGAUUGCGGAGCAGAAAACAUCUCGAGUUUGAGCCUUUUGGUUGGAUUAUUGAGACUAAUCAAGGAAAAGAAACACCCAAAUGGUGUUCUUGCUGGAUUAAGAUUGCUAAAAUCUCUUUGCUCCCAAGAACCAGUGUGGAACUCAGUAGUGAGCAUAGGGGCAAUACCACAAUUGAUUGAAAUUCUGCCGAAUUUUGACCCCGAAUGUUUGGAACUAGCCCUUCAUGUAUUGGACUCACUAUCAUCCCUCUCAGAGGGCAGGGUGGCCUUAAAAGAUUGCCCCAACACCAUUCCCAACUUAGUGAAAUUGUUAAUGAGAGUCUCAGAGAGCUGCACUCAGCUAGCUCUAUCAAUCUUAUGGGCAGUUUGUAAACUCGCCCCUGAAGAAUGUGCAGCACAAGCAGUGGAAGCAGGCUUAGCAGCCAAGCUUCUUUUGGUGAUCCAGAGCGGUUGCAAUCCCGUUCUGAAACAGCGCUGCUCCGAGCUUCUGAAACUCUGCAGCUUGAAUUACACAGCGACGCACUUCAUUUCCAAGUGUAAGCUCACAAGGACAAUACAAUAAGGAAGGGAGAGAAAAAACCAGCGAACUCGAAACACAGAUACCGCCAUCUCUAGAGCUCCAUUCGGGUUCGAAGAAGGUUAUAUAAGGAGCCAGUGGGAAUGGCAUUUUGUCAAAAAUAAGCCUGGGCAAGCGGAUAUGGCGACUCUGUAAUAGAUUAUUAUGUGGAUAAGAUGAAGAUAAGAUUCUUGUUAGAGCCUGAGUUUUGAAUUUGAAGAGUAAAUGAAUGAAGAUAUCUUUUUUCUGCCUUAAAAAAGGGUUUCUUCUUCUUCUUCUUCUUCUUUUCUUCUUCCAUCUGGAGAUGAAUCAAUCAAUCAAGUGGGGGUGAGUAUUUGAGUUCUCACCAUUGUAAAUUUUUGUAGAGGUUUUUAUUGGCCUAUCAAAUCGUGUAUGAUGAUGAUGAUGAACAAUUUAUUAUUUUUUCCUUCUA